CCCCUCUAUCGUGGAGACAAUAUUUUAUACCCUUUGGACAUACUUGGAGGGCUGAAAUCUACUAGGUUUCGAAGAUUUUAUUUCGUUUUACACCAACCUUGUUUGUAAAUAGAUUAUAAAAGCACACCAACGAUGUCGGGGCCACCUGCGAAGUUCAACGCCGAAGAGGCCGAUAACUUGGAGGAUAUUGAGAAGCAGUUUGCGGUGAAAGCUGUGCAACACAUGUCGACUUACUGGGCAAUCCUCGAGAAAGUCAAGGGAUCCUCCCUCAAACUGACGAAGAUGGACGAUGAUAUCUACGAGCAUCUGAGGAAAGACCUUCCAGAGUUUGAUCCUGCAGCUACCAUCAACGAGGAUGAGAUGAAGAGCAAACUAGGCAAGGAGAAGUGGCGCAACUUCAUGAUGUUUUAUGACAAGAAGAUUGACGACUACAACUUCGGAACGAUGCUGAGGACCAGCCCAACGGAGGAAUACACACAGGAUGGUACCAUUUUUGUGCCAAGAAUGCAGUUUUACGCUGUUGAAAUCGCAAGAAACCGCAACGGACUGAAUGACUGGAUUUACGAGAAGGCACAGAAUGAGAAGGCUGUCACAGAGUCGUAGACAACACACCCAAUCAAGGAAAUCACGACCCAAUUUAUAACUUACAUAUGCUUUGGUGGGCCCCUGAUAUGAUAGGAUAUUGAGAAAUCCGACCGAAAUUUGUGGGAAAAUACGGAUGUGAGGUAGCCUGGAAUGGUACAGUACCUUUUCAAUUAUUCAGGUACACCUCAUAGCCCUUUCAUUCGUGUCACCACCACAGCACGGGCUCUCCCUUGCUUGGUAGCGAUUUUAUUAUAGUUGAUGCAUCACCUGUUACCCAGCGCCAUUGCUGCUUCCGGCGACCGAAAUCUCAAAAUUGCGAUUGAUUCGGCCGCUUCUAAGAACAAU